AUGAGUAAAAGCAAAUGCCCGGUGGUACUGAUGUCUUCUGUGGUGGCCCCAGCUAAGGAGCCCAAUGCCAUGGGCCCAAAGGCAGUGGAACUCGUCCUGGUCAAGGAGCAAAAUGGGGUGCAGCUCACAAACUCUACCCUCAUCAACCCCACGCAGACCCCCAUGGAGACCCAAGAGCGAGAGACCUGGGGCAAGAAAAUCGACUUUCUCCUGUCCGUGAUCGGCUUUGCAGUGGACCUGGCCAACGUCUGGCGAUUUCCUUACCUGUGCUACAAAAAUGGCGGGGGCGCCUUCCUGGUCCCCUACCUGCUCUUCAUGGUCAUUGCUGGAAUGCCGCUUUUCUACAUGGAGCUGGCCCUGGGGCAGUUCAACAGGGAAGGGGCUGCCGGCGUCUGGAAGAUCUGCCCCAUCCUGAAAGGCGUGGGCUUCACGGUCAUUCUCAUCUCGCUCUACGUGGGUUUCUUCUACAACGUCAUCAUCGCCUGGGCGCUGCACUACUUCUUCUCGUCCUUCACCGUGGAGCUGCCGUGGGUCCACUGCAACAACACGUGGAACAGCCCCAACUGCUCAGAGGCACGCACCAGCAACUCCAGCUCUGGCCCUGACCACACCUUCCGCACCACGCCCGCCACCGAGUACUUCGAGCGUGGCGUGCUACACCUCCACGAGAGCCAUGGCAUUGAUGACUUGGGUCCCCCCCGGUGGCAGCUCACAUCCUGCCUGGUGCUGGUCAUCAUCCUGCUCUACUUUAGCUUGUGGAAGGGAGUGAAGACUUCUGGGAAGGUUGUGUGGAUCACAGCCACCAUGCCGUAUGUGGUCCUCUUUGCCCUGCUUCUGCGAGGAAUCACACUCCCGGGGGCCAUCGAUGGCAUCAGAGCGUACCUGAGUGUAGACUUCCAUCGGCUCUGCGAGUCUUCUGUGUGGAUAGAUGCUGCCACCCAGGUAUGCUUCUCGCUGGGCAUUGGGUUUGGGGUGCUAAUUGCCUUCUCCAGCUACAAUAAAUUCACCAACAACUGCUACAGAGACGCGGUCAUCACCACCUCCGUCAAUUCCCUGACGAGCUUCUCCUCCGGCUUUGUGGUCUUCUCCUUCCUGGGGUACAUGGCCCAGAAGCACAGCGUGCCCAUCGGGGACGUGGCCAAGGACGGGCCCGGGCUGAUCUUCAUCAUCUACCCUGAGGCGCUGGCCACGCUCCCACUGUCCUCGGCCUGGGCCGUGAUUUUCUUCGUCAUGCUGCUCACCCUGGGGAUCGACAGCGCCAUGGGCGGCAUGGAGUCGGUGAUCACCGGGCUCGUUGACGAGUUCCAGCUGCUGCGCAGACACCGGGAGCUCUUCACCCUCCUUGUCGUCCUGGCCACCUUCCUGCUCUCACUGUUCUGUGUCACCAACGGCGGCAUCUACGUCUUCACGCUGCUGGACCACUUUGCGGCCGGCACAUCCAUCCUCUUCGGAGUGCUCGUCGAGGCCAUCGGGGUGGCCUGGUUCUACGGCGUGAGGCAGUUCAGCGAGGACAUCAAGCAGAUGACCGGGCAGCGGCCCAGCCUCUACUGGAGGCUGUGCUGGAAGUUCGUCAGCCCCUGCUUUCUCCUGUUUGUGGUUGUGGUGAGUAUCGUGACCUUCAGGCCCCCGCACUACGGAGCCUACAUCUUCCCCGAGUGGGCCAACGCGAUGGGCUGGGCCAUCGCCACGUCUUCCAUGUCCAUGGUGCCCAUCUACGCAGCCUACAAGUUCUGCAGCCUGCCCGGCUCCCUGCGGGAGAAACUGGCCUAUGCCAUCACACCAGAGCAGGAGCGCGAGCUGGUGGACAGCGGGGAGGUGCGCCAGUUCAGGCUUCGCCACUGGCUGCUGGUAUAAAGGCAGCAGGAGGCCCGGCACGGCCGCCCCUCAGUGGAGACGCCGCCGAGGAGGAGCCCCAGCUUCAAGAGGAAGGCGGGGGCGCCCACUGUCCGACUCCUGCCUUCCCAGAACCACACGGGGGCUCUGCCUCCAGGCCCCUUACGCCCUUCCUUUGCGGCGGGGAGAGGACUGGCCGUCCGUGCUGUGUCUGUGAUCGCUUCAUGUAGAUCCGUGCCCGUUCCUGCAGGUAGAAAACGUCCAUCCGUGUUCUGUUUGUGCCAAGCCAGCUCCCUUCCGCCCCCGCCCCCCGCCAGCCGCCCCGGAGCGCGGGUCUUGCUGUCAUCCGUGUGUUGAGGAGAAAAGCGGUAAUUGUGGAUGCUGAGAGCCCAGUGCUCGUGACUUCCUGGGUAUUUUAUUUUGGUCGAACUAAAAGAGCCAAAUAUCAUAUGUUGCCUAAUCGUGCAGAAGGUGCACUGGGGAAACCACAAAAGGCAAUAAAGUGGGGGCCACCACGCGUCCCCACACCAUGCACCCCGUGUGCUCGGAGCCCACCCAGGGCCCUGUGUGAUGGAGAUGCUCUGUAUUUCCUCCUUGCUGACAGAAAUACGACUCUGGGGAUCCGCGUGGCUGCCACCCCUCUUGCCCACUGUGGACCCCUGGCCACGGGAGGAAGGGGUGCGUGCCCCCACCCCGCUAGCCCUGACUGCGCAGAGCGCCCGCAGCAGGCAGCCUGGAGCGCCAGGAUUUGGGGAGGCAGCGCCCGCCGGGGUGUCGGUCCUCCCAGGCGCACGUCACAGCCACAGCCACACGGCUGGUGUGGGGAAUGGCUGUUUAAAAUCCUAUUUAGCUGUGCGUCAGAACUCCUUCUCAGAAUGCAGGGUCGGCUUGUGAAGGUCUGUCUGCUGAUGUUCUGGUCGCCGUUCCUGAGGUUAGCAGCAGCACCAAGCAAGGACCGUGGUCACACUGCACCCCGCGCACCGGCGUCGCCCGAAGGCCUGAGGCAGCAUGCGGCUCUGUGCCCCUGGCGCCGAGAGGCCACACUGUGCACGCCGCUGUGCGGCCAUCCCCGGCCAGGGGACCUUGGUGCCACGGGCUGAGGAGCCCAGCACUUGGGAAGCUGGCUCGUGGGCUGCAGGUGGUUGGUGGUUGUGGCCAGGAGGAAUCGGGUUUACCCUCGCCUUUCGAGGCACCUUGAGUACUCUGCGUAGAUACGGGUGUCGUCAACGUCUGUCUGUCUGUGUCCAUAGUCGGCUCCUCGUGUGAGUCGUCACCAACAAUAAAUCUAUGUGGGAA